GUUAACGACUUCACAGAGCAUGAAAUAAUAAAUUUCGACAUAAAUAAGGUAUAAUUUUAAAAAUGGUUAAAGAUAACGAGGAACCAGUAGCCAAAACUCCAACUUUUCCAAAAAUCGUUCCUAAAAAGGAACCACCUUUUUAUGGAUCGCCCGCUUGGAGGAAAUUAGGCAGGCGUCAACGAAGUUUCAACAGGGAUAGUUCCCGACUCCAAACCAUAAUAACUCCAACAGCCAGUUGGAUAUCCUCUCAAGAUAGUUAUUGUAACGGAUCGUUUGCAUGCUUUCAACAACAUCAGUUAGAUCAACAGCCUGCACAGCUGUCACAAUACAUGCAGCCACAGCAGCAACAGCAAUUGCUGCAAAUGCAGCCAUCGCCCAUACAACAACAACCGCAGCAGCAACCCCAACAGCAAAUACCCGUGCAACAACAACCACAGCAGCAACAGGCUUUACAGCAACAACAAAUGCAGAUGCAACAACAACAACAACAACAACCAUCACCACAGCAAGUAAUGCAGCAGCAACAGCAGCAACAGCAGCAACAGCAGCAACAGCAGCAGCAGCAGCAGCAACUACAACAGCAGCAGCAACUACAACAUCAGCAACAACUACAACAGCAGCAACAACUACAACAGCAGCAACAACUACAACAGCAGCAACAACUACAACAGCAGCAACAGCAGCAGCAAUUGUCGAUGCAACAACAACAACCUCAAUCACAGCAGCCCAUGCAGCAACAAUCACCAAUGCAGGCUCAACAGCCGCUACAAAUACAACAAGAACAACCAAAUUUUUCAUUAAACGCAGGAGUCCCGUUUUAUCCUACUUAUCCAAAUUAUCCGCUGCAAAAUCCAUAUUUUAUGGCAGAUCAACAACCACCUCAGCAAGCUUACUUUCCUCAACAACAACAGCCAUUCAACUUUUUUCCAGAUUGCAAACAACCUAAAGUAGAAGCGACUUUUGAUUACAAUAAUAAUUUUCAAAUGUUGCCUUGCGAUCAAGACUAUCUGCAGAGUAUUUGCAAAAGACGAUCCAGAUCACUAUCGCCCAUGCCUCGAUCUUCAAUGCGAUAGAACGAAAAAUCGGCGUGGAUUUUAGAGCAACAUUAUUUACUUGUUCUGUCAUCGUUUAUUAUAAAAAAUUAUUUAGGCCUCUAAAGGAAAAGGAUCAUUUAAUUUUUCGAUUUUUCAUGG